AGAGAGCUCAGUGUCAGUGUGUGUGCAGUGGGAAAAAGGAAUGACUGACUUCUGAAGUGUGCCUGGGCUGAUUCUAAAUGACAACAGAGCCACCAGCUUUGUCUUGGUGUGUUGACAAGAACUUAGUAGUAAAAUAAUCUUACUGAGUGAGUUGUAGUUUCAGUGUGUGUGUGUUUUAGACACCACUUCUCACCAUGGCUCUGACCAGCUCUUCAUCCAGCCGUUCCUCCUCUUCCUCGUACCACUCGUCAGCCCGCUACAGCAGUUCCAGCACCUACCGGUCAGAGGGAUCUGGUGGUGGGGCUGCGGACCCCCUGUUUGAUCCCUUCCUGGAGGCAGCAGGGGUGGGACCCCCAAAGCCUGUUUGGAGAGGAGGGGGAUGUAGCCCCCCUGUCUGGCCCCCUUCAGCCGACACCACAAGGACUCCUACGGGUUACCCAGGUGAGUGGGGGGGUUUGGGUAGAAUAACAUCAACGGUAAGCGGUGGUUAAAUGGAGCGGGAGCUACCCAGGGCUAGGCUCCUACACCUUGAGUGAAAGGUAGCCUAGUGGUUAUGAGCGGUUAAGAGUACUGAGCCAGUAACCAAAAGGUUGCUGGUUCGAAUCCAGAGCCAACUAGUUAAAACAUCUGUCGCUGUGCCCUUGAGGGGCAACAGGGAAGGACAAUUGAAGGCAAGCUUAACCAAAAAAUUUAACUUGUUAAAACAUUUCUAGCCCAUCUAUCUAUGGUUGACUAGUUAUGUUCAACACGCUCAGUUUUCUACCACAAAAAGAGUAGAACUAGCUCACCUGCUUUUACACUAUGAUUUGACUCUUACAUGUCCAAUGUUUCUUUUGAAAAAAUAAUUUUAAAAAUAGUUUUACCUUAUUAAAACAAGAGUUGUUAAAGUAACAGGGUUGACCUUUAAAGAUCACUUUUUUUUUAACCAAAUCAACAUUUUCGAUUUAAAUGGCAUUUUAUAGAAGUGUCCAGACACUUGUUUUGCAAUUUCACUUGCGUUUGAGAAACUUCCCCCACCAGCGAUAGACUUCCUCAGGUUCGUUCUGCAGUAUGGGGGCCACGGAUAAAACAUGAACAAAGGCUCCAAAAACACCCAAAUAUGUCAUUUUAGAAACGUCAAAGCUCUCAGUGUAGAUGUUGUACACACAAAUGGUGUAAUUCCAAACUUUAUCCGAAACAUUAUAUUCCAUUUUGUUGGACUCGAGUGAUACAUUUCCAUGUGCAAGCAUGCCCUUUGUUCUCCUUCCCAUUUUGGUGAUAUGAGAAACGAGAAUGCAUGCGCAUGCUCGCACACUGAAAUGACAUGGGCAUGCUCGCACACUGAAAUGACAUGGGCAUGCUCGCACACUGAAAUGACAUGGGCAUGCUCGCACACUGAAAUGACAUGGGCAUGCUCGCACACUGAAAUGACAUGCGCAUGCUCGCACAUUGAAAUGACAUGCGCAUGCUCGCACAUUGAAAUGACAUGCGCAUGCUCGCACACUGAAAUGACAUGGGCAUGCUCACACACUGAAAUGACAUGGGCAUGCUCACACACUGAAAUGACAUGGGCAUGCUCGCACACUGAAAUGACAUGGGCAUGCUCACACACUGAAAUGACAUGGGCAUGCUCACACACUGAAAUGACAUGGGCAUGCUCGCACAUUGAAAUGACAUGGGCAUGCUCGCACACUGAAAUGACAUGGGCAUGCUCACACACUGAAAUGACAUGGGCAUGCUCGCACAUUGAAAUGACAUGGGCAUGCUCGCACACUGAAAUGACAUGGGCAUGCUCGCACACUGAAAUGACAUGGGCAUGCUCGCACACUGAAAUGACAUGGGCAUGCUCACACACUGAAAUGACAUGGGCAUGCUCGCACACUGAAAUGACAUGGGCAUGCUCGCACAUUGAAAUGACAUGGGCAUGCUCGCACUCGGGCCCCCAUACAGCAGAACGAGUCUGAGGAAGGAAGUCUAUUGCUGAUGGGUUAAGUUUCUCAAAACCAAGUGAAAUCGCAAAAAAACCUGUCUGAACACUUUUAUAACAUGCCAUUACCAAAAAAAAGUGAACUUGUCCUUUAAAUGAGGGAAUGUAAAUGAAUCCCUAAUCACAUGAAAUAAAUAAUAAUCUUCAGAAAUGACUUUGUCAAAGCAACAGAACAACUAGGGCAUUACAAUGAUAAUGAAAACGUAAGGGUUAAGUGGGUUAAAAUCUUCCUAUAAGUGGGACAUGUCAAAAUGCUGAUUUUUGGCACUUUAGCAAAUCUUUAUUUAUAUAAAAUAUCUGAUUUAUUACAUUUAUCAUGUGGUUUAUAUUAUAGGGCACUUAAUUUAAUAUAACAGGCUUUUAAAAAUCAAUAUAGGAGCACAAUUUCUACUUAAAACAUCAAAGGGCACUGUAUUUGUGGAAUGACCCAGAAGGUGCUAGAGACUGUGGCAGUUACAUGUAUGCUGGUAGAAAAAGCAGCAUCUCAAACAAGAUAAUGAACCAGAACAGUGGGUGAUGUCUACUGUAAAGUCUCACUGUCAGAAUGUAUGAACUGCCAUUGUGGCUCCAGCCCGUCCCCAGUGUCUUUGCUAAAGUGCUCUAAUAGGCAAUAUGAGGGGCCUGUGUGUUGGACAGUGUCGAGGCAGUGAAACUCUCAUUGGUGCUAAAAUGCCAAAGAGGGAAUAUAAAACUAAAGGAGCUCCCUCAGAGCCAUAAACAUACAAUAUGGAGUGUCUCUGAGACUCUGUGAUUCUCACCACUUCAUUUUAUUAUAACGAUCGCUUUAAAGACUUUGUUUAUGGACUUUGUGAUGCUACUGGAUGUCUAAUAACCCAAAUCAAAAUGAUUAUUAAACAAUAUUGUGAAAUAUAUCAGGAAAUAUGAAUGUGUUUACUUUCAUAUUGUUCUCUGUCUUACAUAGAAAAUAUGUUGUAAAUAAUAAAGUGAAUAUGUAAAAAAACACAAAAAAACAACAACAUUUAUGAGUAAGUCUUUGGUAUCAACAUUUAUAUGACAGGGAGGCUUGGUCCAAUCUCUACUGCCAAAUUCUUCAUAAUAUUAAUCAACUGUAACCACAAGUGAACUGACAUUUUAGCUUUGUUUAUACCUGGCGCUAAAAUGUGUCCUGUGUCCUGAUCUUGUCCACAUUUUGAUUGUGCCCACAUUUUCAGAUAUGCAUCUACACAUGGUAUUAAAACGUGUCUCUCAUUUGUCCACUGUGUCCGCAUUGUGACCAGAUUUCCUGGUACCUCCCUGUAUGAAAAUUAUUUGACAGAUAUUCUUUCAAAAUAAUAUUGAUUUGUUUAUUUUAAUACAUGUUGAUGUCAUAGAUCAAUAGUGCCACCUGUCAGUGAUUUUAGGCGGAAUAAGGAUGAUUUAAACGGUUUCACUGUCCAGAUCCAUUUACACUUGUGAGAUAUCCAGACACGAUGUGUGCCUGACUACCUCCGCAGGUGGGCAGGAAGAUCUGAUCACAAUCAGAUCUGAUCACAAUCAGAUCAUAAUGUGUAUUUUGAUAAUCUACACCUGUCUGCAAAGGUGGGCACAAUCAGCAUGUGGACACAAUCGGGUCAAAGGACGCAUGUUAGCACUGGCGAUAAACGGUGCUCGAGUUUGGAAUUCCGAGUUGAAUGACAGUUCUAAAACAAUAUUUCCCAGUUGGAGUAAAAAAAUGUUUGAGUUCCCAGUUGUUUUGAACGCGGCAUAACUCAGGGCUAACUCCAUUUGUCCUGAAUGAAGUGUCUGUCACAAGUUGAGGACCAAUGAAAUCAGAUUCCCUCCCUCUCGCAAAGAUCGUGUCAUCAUCCCCUUCAUUUGAGGAAAAGGACUGAUUAAAUAUUUUAUUAUUAAAAAUAUAUUUUAGUGUGUAAAAAAAUGUGUAACAUUAAAAUACCUAUCACGACACAUUUAGUAAUGACAGAAUUUGCUUUCCAAACUGCACGUUUUUCACAGGAUUAUAUUUUGACAUUUGCAAAAGGCAAAUGACAGCUGCAACCAACCUCAGACAUACACUGUAAUAGACAUACACUCAGUGGCCAGUUUAUUAGGUACAGCACCCCCUUCAUGAAAAUGGUUCGCUCCGACAGACAUUGAGUCACGUGGCUGUGGCUUGCUAUAUAAAGCAGGCAGACAGGCAUCAAGGAAUUCAGUUACUGUUGAACGUUGGAAUGGGCAAAACUAGUGACCUAAGUGACUUUGAGCGUGGUAUGAUCGUCGGUUCCAGGUGCAGUUACAUGUAUGCUGGUAGAAAAAGCAGCAUCUCAAACAAGCCUCGGUUCCAGCACGACAGUGUGUAGGGUUUACCGAGAAUGGUGCGACAAACAAAAAACGUCCAGUCAGCGCCAGUCCUGUGGGCGAAAACAGCUUGUUGAUGAGAGGUCGAAGGAGAAUGACAAGAAUCGUGCAAGUUAACAGGCGGGCCACAAACGGCGCAGUACAACAGUGGUGUGCAGAACUGCAUCUCGGAACACACAAUUCAUCGGUCCUCGUCACGGAUGGGCUAUUGCAGCUGACGACCACAAUGGGUUCCACUCCUAUCAGCUAAAAAAAAGAAGAAGCGGCACCAACACUGGACAACUGAGGAGUGGAAAAACAUCCUUGGUUCCUGUUGCGUCAUGCUGAUGGCAGAGUCAGGAUUUGGCGUAAGCAGCAUGAGUCCAUGGCCCCAUUCUGCCUGGUGUCAACGGUACAGGCUGGUGGCGGUGGUGUAAUGGUGUGGGGAAUGUUUUGAUACCAAUUGAGCAACGUUUCCAUGCCCCGAAGAAUUCAGGCUGUUCUGGAGGCAAAGGGGGGUCCGACCUGGUACUAGAUGUGUGUACCUAAAAAACUGUCCACUGAGUGUAGUGGCAGUUCCCAUUCAAGUCAAGACUGACUGCCAUUGCUAGUGCACCCAUGAGUUUAAUAGUCAAAUUGCCAGGUUUAGAGGUUCCAAAACCCUUCUAUGGAUUAUAUGUAUAUGGCCACAAUGCAACAAGCUGUUCUACAGAUAGAAGGAGCGAUAGGAGUGGGAGAAAGAUGCAUUGAUAAGCACACUAAAGCACACCAAAGACUGCAUUAAAGAUAAGUAAUAAAAUAAACAUGGCAUUUAUAAAAGCCUAGAUAACCUUUCUUUGAUUUUGGAACAAAUGAAAAUGUGGCACUGACUCGCUCAUGGAUUAAUGUUUCAGCAUUGUCUCAAUGAAGAUUUUGGCGUUUGACUAGCCAUGUGCGACAUGCACGCGCAGUUACGAGCCUUCUAGAGUUAGUGACAGGCAGAGGAGCAAUAUCCACUGUGUAGUAUGGAUGAAGCUUGACCUGGCCCCCCCACCAAGCGGCUCCCCUAUUCACAGCGGAGAUACAUAAAAAAAAGAAGUUAAUUUCAUGCAAUUCUACACAUUUGGCUUGGGGCAUAGAGAAAAGAUUGCAGUUUUAAAGCAAGUUUUCUGAAAUUCUACACAUUUUGCCAUGUCAAUGAUAUCUGCGUGAGAGUGACCAACAAAAUCAAAUGGGGGCCCACUGGAGGUCAGGGCCCCUGGGUACGUGUUCUGAGUGCCCGGUCGGUAUUCAGCCAUGAUUACUACAAGUUUAGGUAACUGGCUAGACUAAUUUACCAAUCUAAAAUUGUUAGCUGACAUGGCUAAUUGAGUGACUGUCGGUGACUGACAAAACAAGAGAAAAACUGCUGAUGCACAACUACAUUUCUAACGUACACCUAAAAUGAGUUUUUUGGGGGAUUCGGGGGCCCCCUAGUGGCCAGUAUCCCUAAGCAACCGCUUAUGUUGCUUAUGCCUUGAUCCAGCCCUGCUGACCUGGAAUGUGAAGCGAACUGAAGCUGGCUAGCUUUAUAAAAGCCUGAGUAGAUCUAGCUUGCUUCGUAGUAUACCACUCAGGUUCUUUCCUGUCCAGAUGGGCAUUAAAUGAGCUUUAUGUUCCAAAUCUGAAUCCUUGAUCACUCAUGAGCUUGAAUGGCCUGUAUUCUCCAGUUGUCUCCAAAUAAAAUAUAUCCUCCCCCAAGGACUGGAUAAUAAACUUUAAAUCACCCAUAUUUUCCCUUAAUUCUUUUAUAUAUUUUCUCUUGCCCUGUUUUAUUCUUCCCCAAGUUUGUGAUGUUAAUGAGAGCAAGAAAAUAAGAGUUGAAUAAAUAAAUAUAUUAAUGUCUCCACUCACUGUUUUGUCUGCUCUUCCCUCCAGGCCCAACAAGUGGCACUGUGCCAGGUCGUUCUGCCAGUAUGGGCGUGGUCAGAUUGUUGGGGGUAGUUACUACAUGUCAGCUGACGUCAGUCAGUUUCAACCACAGGACAUAGUGGUGAUGGCCUACAACCACAACAUAGUCAUCCACGCUGAAAAGGUGAGAGUGUGUGAAGGGCAUAGUGUGUAUGUGUGGGUACCCAUUAUUGAAAGCGGAUGUGUCUGUGUGCACACUGUAGGUACAAAUGAUAAGUGCAAUGACGUGUGUGUGAGUGUGUGGUUUGUGUGUGUGUGUAGUGUAGUGUGUGUCCUGUUUAAUGAUGUGCUUGGUUAUUGUGUACUGGUGGAUGAUGAGGGAGAAGUGUGAAUCCCAUUGAAGGGUUAGGCUAUAGGAGAGCUGUAUACAGAUGCCAUAUCUUAAUUUGAGCCAGUUUGCUACAGCAGUAAAAUAAUCUUGCAGCAACAGGAAAUGUGAUUUGUUUUGUAUAUUAUAAUGAAAGGACAGUUUUUGUAGGGGUUGACACAUUUUUGUUAGGGCAAAUCAAGUCUGACAUUUUAAAGUGGACAUUAAACUUUAGAAGCCUUUUUCAACCUCAAAUACACUACAAGUUUGCAUUUCCUGCAACAACAGGAUGAUCAAAUUAAGACACGGCAUCUGUAUUUUACAGCUACAGUGGGGAGAACAAGUAUUUGAUACACUGCCGAUUUUGCAGGUUUUCCUACUUACAAAGCAUGUAGAGGUCUGUAAUUUUUAUCAUAUGUACACUUCAACUGUGAGAGACGGAAUCUAAAACAAAAAUCCAGAAAAUCACAUUGUAUGAUUUUUAAGUAAUUCAUUUGCAUUUUAUUGCAUGACAUAAGUAUUUGAUACAUCAGAAAAGCAGAACUUAAUAUUUGGUACAGAAACCUUUGUUUGCAAUUACAGAGAUCAUACGUUUCCUGUAGGUCUUGACCAGGUUUGCACACACUGCAGCAGGGAUUUUGGCCCACUCCUCCAUACAGACCUUCUCCAGAUCCUUCGGGGUUUCGGGGCUGUCGCUGGGCAAUACGGACUUUCAGCUCCCUCCAAAGAUUUUCUAUUGGGUUCAGGUCUGGAGACUGGCUAGGCCACUCCAGGACCUUGAGAUGCUUCUUACGGAGCCACUCCUUAGUUGCCCUGGCUGUGUGUUUUGGGUCGUUGUCAUGCUGGAAGACCCAGCCACGACCCAUCUUCAAUGCUCUUACUGAGGGAAGGAGGUUGUUGGCCAAGAUCUUGCGAUACAUGGCCCCAUCCAUCCUCCCCUCAAUAUGGUGCAGUCGUCCUGUCCCCUUUGCAGAAAAGCAUCCCCAAAGAAUGACAUUUCCACCUCCAUGCUUCACUGUUGGGAUGGUGUUCUUGGGGUUGUACUCAUCCUUCUUCUUCCUCCAAAAACGGCGAGUGGAGUUUAGACCAAAAAGCUCUAUUUUUGUCUCACCAGACCACAUGACCUUCUCCCAUUCCUCCUCUGGAUCAUCCAGAUGGUCAUUGGCAAACUUCAGACGGGCCUGGACAUGCACUGGCUUGAGCAGGGGGACCUUGCGUGCGCUGCAGGAUUUAUUCCAUGACGGCGUAGUGUGUUACUAAUGGUUUUCUUUGAGACUGUGGUCCCAGCUCUCUUCAGGUCAUUGACCAGGUCCUGCCGUGUAGUUCUGGGCUGAUCCCUCACCUUCCUCAUGAUCAUUGAUGCCCCACUAGGUGAGAUCUUGCAUGGAGCCCCAGACCGAGUGUGAUUGACCGUCAUCUUGAACUUCUUCCAUUUUCUAAUAAUUGCGCCAACAGUUGUUGCCUUCUCACCAAGCUGCUUGCCUAUUGUCCUGUAGCCCAUCCCAGCCUUGUGCAGGUCUACAAUUGUAUCCCUGAUGUCCUUACACAGCUCUCUGGUCUUGGCCAUUGUGGAGAGGUUGGAGUCUGUUUGAUUGAGUGUGUGGACAGGUGUCUUUUAUACAGGUAACGAGUUCAAACAGGUGCAGUUAAUACAGGUAAUGAGUGGAGAACAGGAGGGCUUCUUAAAGAAAAACUAACAGGUCUGUGAGAGCCGGAAUUCUUACUGGUUGGUAGGUGAUCAAAUACUUAUGUCAUACAAUAAAAUGCAAAUUAAUUACUUAAAAAUCAUACAAUGUGAAUUUCUGGAUUUUUGUUUUAUAUUCCGUCUCUCACAGUUGAAGUGUACCUAUGAUAAAAAUGACAGACCUCUACAUGCUUUGUAAGUAGGAAAACCUGCAAAAUCGGCAGUGUAUCAAAUACUUGUUCUCCCCACUGUAUAUCUGACCAUUAACUGUACUUUAUAAUGUCACUAGGGCUCUUGCUGUUGAGGCUGUAAGGCAACCAUGUCAGAGCUCCUCUUUAACAAGCCAGAGAACCACUUAAUAAAACCUACAACCAUUCCCCAUGCAGCCCCAAAGCCCUGCUUAAAGGAACAAUGAUCUCUGGUCAAAACUGUUUGUUGUAAUCCUCUGCCUGAUCUCAGCUCCCCAACAUCUUAAUUUGACCCUGCUUCUCCUGCAGCAACAGAAAAUGGAAAUUAUUAUGUGGAUUAUAAUUAAGGGACAUUUUUGUAGGGAUUGAUAUGUUUUUCAUUAGGGCAAAUAAAGUCUGACAUUGUUAAGUGGAAAUUACAAAACUUUAGAAGCCUUUUUAAAAACGUAGAAUACACUACAAUUUGCAUUUCCUGCUACGACAACAGACUGAUCAAAAGAUAGCAGAUCUGUAUGUACGGACCUCUCUCUACUUCAGUUUCUCACCAACCCCCUUCCUUGACCCUCCUUCAUUAUAUUCCCUCUCCAUCUCUCCUUUACUCCUCUCUGCUUGCCCUCUCCGUCAUCCCCCUCUUCUAUUUCUCUUUCCCUCAACUUGGCCUCUUCCUCCAUCUUUCUUCCUCCCUCAUUCCACUCGCUUACCCUCUCUCCCUCAGGUGUUGGAGAAUGGGAGAGUCAGUGAUACGUUUACCCAUAAGACCAUGCUCCCGACGGACAUGGACCCCCUGUCGAUAAGUGGCACGCUGACCCCUGAGGGCAUGCUGGUGGUCAGUGUCAGGAGGAAGCCCACUAUGGGGGUGCUGGAGCCCCCUGCACCCCCCGCAUAGCGCUCCGAGGCACGCCUCUGACCUUUUAGACUGACUUCAGAUGGUUUUCUAUUUUCACCCUCCAGUUUUAUAUGAAAAAGAGAUGUGAUGUCCUGAAACGAUAUCGAUAAAAAAUUGAUGAUUUGAUUUCAGUUUAUUUUUUAUUUGUUUAGGUGUUGAUGUUGAUUGUUGUUGAAUGAAUAAAUGUAUGAUC